UUAAAUUUUUGGUUUAUUUUUAUAAAAAAAAAUGUUCAAUGUGUCUUAAUUAAAAUGCUCUUCAAUAAAAAUCUGCCAAUAUUGCCAUUGGUCACAAUAGAUUCGUUGAGUUAUCAAAAAUGUUUAAUACCCAAAGAUAAAUUUCCUGUUAAUGCAAGGCCGGGCCAAUGGGCAAAAUGUUACUUUAGAGAAGUUGCAUCAGAAACACAAAAUUAUGCCAUAGCUCAAAUAUUUCCUAGAUCCGAUGUUGAUGGUGCAUGUUAUAUGGACACAUGUGUAGCCAAAUAUACUAGUAAUAAGGAUCAACGAUUGAUUUUAAAGGAAUUAAAGUUAUUGGAAAAAAAUCAAGUAACUUGUAAAGCUGAUGUGAUAAUUCAAUUGAAUCCACAAUAUUUUAUCAAAAACUCCAGUCUUUUAACAAAAUCAUAUCUCCAUGAAUUGUCCAAAACAUUACUACAAAAAUACCAUUUAACACCUGGUAGUUCAGUUACUGAUACAUUUUUCGUAGACAAUGGAGUAGAUUCUAUAGGAAUUGAAUUUGAUGAGUGUACAGAUGAUGGCAUUUAUUUAGUAACGGAUGAUACAAAUUUAAAUAUUAAAAAUAUUUCAUUAACAAACAAUAACUUAAAUCGAGAUCUAGUAGCAUUAAAUGUGACACCAUUUACUGAAGCUAGUCAAGAACUUGAUGAUUUAAUGAAGUUUGUAAGCAUGCAACGUUUUCAAAAACGUUCAUUAUGUAUGAGCUUGAAUACACUGUUAGUUGGUCCCGUUGGCUGUGGCAAAACCACUUUAGUGGAGGAGUUUUUACAACGCCAUCAUUGUAAUGUAUUUCAUAUUGAAAUUGGAAAUUGCCUAAAACAGUAUCCGGGAGAGACUGAAGCUGAAUUGAGAAAAAUAUUUAAUGCAGCUUGUGAUUUUGAAAAUAAAUUACAAAAUGAAGAUCCCACCAUUGUACUUCUAGAAGAAAUUCAUCUACUUUGUCCACAGGCCACUUCUGCUGGCGGCAACAACUCGGAAUCGUUGGCUAAUUCUGUGCGUAUUUCGGCACAAUUAUUAUCAUUGGUUGAUAACCUUUUCACCACCCGAACUAAUAUAAUGUGUUUGGCUACCACUUCUAAGCCGGAUAAUCUCAAUGAACUUGUUAGACGUCCCGGAAGAUUUCAACAUGAAAUAAAUAUAGCAGCUCUACAAGAAGAACAUCGUAGUCAUAUUUUAAAAGAACUUCUAAAGCAUAGCAUACCUCAUCUUAAUAUACCUCAUACAAUAUUGGAAAUUUUGGCCAAACAUACACAAGGUUAUGUUGUAGCUGAUUUAGCUUUACUAGUGCGCAAUGUGACCCAAAUUGUUUUAACUAAAACCGAAGAGAAUUUUGAACAUAUUGUACUUGAUAUACUAAAGAAAUCCAAACCAAUUUCCUUAAAAGGAACAGAUGUAACGGCUUAUAGGACAACAGAAACAUUUGGGUCUAUAGGUGGUAUGUUGCAGUUAAAGAAAGAGCUAGAAGUUUCUGUUUUAGCAGGUCUAAAACAGGAGCAGUCAUUUAAAAGAUUCGGCUUAAGCCUACCAAAGGGAUUAUUGUUAUAUGGACCACCAGGUUGUGCCAAAACUACAAUAGCCAAGUGUUUAGCUACAGAGGCAAAUAUGACGUUUAUAGCCACAUCGGGGGCAGAAGUCUAUUCGCCGUAUGUAGGUUGCGCAGAAAAGUUUUUAGCUAAAAUUUUUCAAACGGCUCGUAAAAAUUCACCCUGUUUAAUAUUUUUAGAUGAAAUUGAUUCUCUAGUAGGCCGUAGAUCCUUAGGUGGCUCUUCAAAUUCAGGCGAUGUUCAAGUUCGUAUUCUGUCCACCCUCUUAACAGAAAUGGAUGGCGUUAUUGCUACAUCAGGCCAGAGUGCUCACAUUCUGGUGGUAGCCGCUACAAAUCGUCCUGAUAUGGUUGAUGAUGCUCUUAUGCGUCCGGGGCGUUUUGACAAAUUAAUUCAUGUGCCAGCACCCGAUUUAUUAUCCAGACGUUCUAUACUCGAUUUGUAUAAGAGUAAAAUGCCAUUUUCCGAAUUUCUGGAUUUAGAUGCUAUUGCCAGUCAAACGGAGAACUAUUCUGGUGCCGAUAUUUGUAAUAUUUGCAAUGAAACUGCUAUGCAAGCCUUUCAGCGUGAUUUCAAUUGUAAGGAAAUUCUAAUGGAAGAUUUUGAAAACGUUUUGAAAACAACGAAAUCUUCUCUGGGCCAAAGUCAAAUUGAUUGGUAUUACCAAUUUGAAAAUAAAUUUUAACAAAUAAUAA